UUUGCUUCUGGUUGAUCCAUGCUGCUCCGCUCCUCAUAGAAUCAGAAUGACUCGGAACAAGUUUACGAUACUUUUUAUACAGCUGUGCUGGACAGUGUAUGUGGUCGCUGGCAUUCACAGGAAAGACAUUUUUCCUUAUGGGACACUCAGCGGAGAUUUAACCCUACAGGAGGGAGACGAUGAAACUUCGAAAGUUAUAGUUCUAACCAGACCCAUGCGUUUCUAUGAAGCAUCGUUCAGCAACCUCUACGUGGCCACCAAUGGGAUCAUCUCGACGCAGGACCUGCCCAUGGAGAAGCAGUACGUGGACGACGGGCUGCCCACCGACUUCCCCGUCAUCGCCCCGUUCCUGGCCGACCUGGACACCAGCGACGGGCGCGGCACCAUCUACUACCGGCAGACGGAGUCGCCCACCAUCCUGAACCGCGUGGCCAUGGAGGUGCACCGCGGCUUCCCCGACGCCCGCUUCACCCCCACCCACGCCGUGGUGGUCACCUGGGAGAACGUCGGGGCCUACGAGGAAGGGUCCCGCCGCAGCAGCGCCGGAUCGGCCAAUCGGGUGAACACGUUCCAGGCUGUCGUGGCGUACGACGAGACGGACACCUAUGGCCUGUUCUUGUACCCAGAGGGCGGCCUGAACUUCUUUGGGACGCGGCCGAAGGAGUCGUAUAACGUGGAGAUCGAGCUUCCCGCCCGUGUAGGCUUCAGCAGAGGAGAGGUCUCCUUCCUGUUCUUUUCCCGCCAGGAGGGACCCUUCUACAGCAUCACCACCAACGAGCAGUCUGUCAAGAACCUCUACCAGGUUGGAAAUACGGGAUUGCCAGGCGUGUGGCUCUUCCACAUCGGCAGCAGCUACUCCUUCGACAACGUGAUCCCGGCGGCCGUGGGCGGCGUACUCGCCACACCGCCCCCUUAUGACGCGGAGCAGGCCACCACCCCGGAGUACUCCGAGUACUCCGACUACCCCGACUUCCAGUCCCCGACGCUGCCCGAGUUCGUGGAGGCUGGGCCUGACCCGUCGCUCCUGCAGUCGCCGGACCAGUCGCAGGUCCAGCUCUACGGCGAGGACGUGCGGCUCACGGCCAGCCCAGAGACCCCCGAGAGACCCCCCAACUCGGAGUCCGCCCCCCGGGAGCGCCCCGACAUCCCCGAGCCCCGCAACCUGCCCCCGGAGGACUCCGGGCUGCCCCAGAGGCCCGUGCCCGAGCACACCAUCCUGGAGCUGUACCCUGACCGCAAGGGAGACCAGCUGGACAGCGUGGUGGAAGGCGUCGACUUCGACACCGGAGUGAUCCAGUAUAAUGGCGGCAACAAGGAGACGUGUGAGCGCUAUGGCCAGCGGUGUUCCCAGAAUGCCGUUUGCUCGGACUACGCCACAGGCCUCUGCUGUCACUGCCGCUCCGGUUUCUACGGCAACGGACAAUACUGCCUGCCAAGCGGUGCGCCCCACCGUGUGAACGGAAAGGUGAACGGCGUAGUGGUGGUGGGCUCCACCCCGGUGGAGAUCAGCAACAUCGACCUGCACGCGUACGUGGUGGUGAGUGACGGCCGCGCCUACACGGCCAUCAGCGAGGUGCCGGAGCCGGCCGGCUGGGCCCUGAUGCCCGUGGCCCCCAUCGGAGGCCUCUUCGGCUGGCUCUUCGCCCUGGAGCUCCCCAACGGCCAGAACGGAUUCUCCACCACCGGUGCGGAGUUUAUUCGCCAUGCCGAUGUCACCUUCUACCCUGGGAACGAGCGCCUGAGCAUCGUCCAGAUCGGCAAAGGUCUGGACGCCGAGAACUACCUCACCGUGGACACCAAGCUCAGCGGCAGCGUCCCCUUCAUACCCCCCGGGGCAACGGUGCAGAUGGAACCAUUUAAAGUGACCUUCCAGUACUACCCCUCAGUGGCCACCUCCAUGUCCGUGCGCGAGUUCACGGUGGUGUCGGCAGAGAGCGGCGCCGAGACCUUCUCCUUCCAGCUGCGCCAGAACAUCACGCACGACUACUGCCGGCACGGGCCCCGCAGCGGGCCGGAGACGCUGGAGCUCAGCGUGGAGCGCGUCUUCGCCAUGUACGUCAAGGAGGAGCGCAUCCUCCGCUACGCCAUCACCAACAAGAUCGGCCCCGUCGGAGCGGGCAUCCCUGAUGCGGGCGAGGUGAACCCCUGCUAUGCGGGCACUCAUGACUGUGACACCACUGCCCAGUGCUUGCCAGGAGAGGGACAGAACUUCCAGUGCCAGUGUGCCACUGGUUACCGUGGAGAUGGACGCAACUGUUACGACAUCGAUGAGUGUGCGGAGCGUCUGAGUUCGUGCGGUGCCCACUCCCAGUGUGAGAACCUUCAGGGCAGCCACCGCUGCCUGUGCCAACCCGGCUACGAGUUCGGCUUCGAUGGACGCACCUGCAUAGAUAUGGACGAGUGCCGCUCCCAGCCCUGCCACGCUCAGGCCUCCUGCUCCAACUCGCUGGGCUCCUUCCUCUGCCAGUGCCAGGCCGGGUACCAUGGCAACGGCUUCCAGUGCCACCCUAAGAGUGGAGGUUCCGAGCGUCCCAAGACCCACUGUGAGCGCCACCGGGACAGCGUUCAGGGCUCUCAGGACGGCUUCUCUCUCGGCGGAGCCUACGUCCCGGACUGUGACGAGUCGGGUCAGUACCGCCCGCUGCAGUGCCACGGUUCUACGGGCCACUGCUGGUGCGUCGACGCCCAGGGCCAGGAGAGAGUGGGCACCAGAUCGCCCCCUAGCGCCCCACGACCAAACUGCGACGAACCAGAGCGCCCGGAGCAGCCCAAGACCCAGUGUGAGCACCACAGAGACAGCCUGCAGGGCUCCCAUGGUGGCGUCGGAGCCUUCGUCCCGCAGUGUGACGAGGCGGGUCAGUACCGCCCGCUGCAGUGCCACGGCUCUUCGGGUCACUGCUGGUGUGUGGACGCCCAGGGCCAGGAGAGGGCGGGCACUAGGACCCUCCCGGGCACCCCUCCCACCAACUGCGACGGACCAGUUCGCCCAGAGCGUCCCAAGACCCAGUGUGAACACCACAGAGACAAUUCUCAGACUUCUCAGGACGGGUUCCCGAUUGUCGGAGCCUACGUGCCGGACUGUGACGAGGAGGGUCAGUACCGCCCGCUGCAGUGCCACGGCUCUACGGGUCACUGCUGGUGCGUGGACAUGCAGGGCCAAGAGAGAGCAGGCACCAGAGCGCCCCCUAGCGCCCCACGACCCAACUGCGACGAGCCAGAGCGUCCCAAGACCCACUGUGAGCGCCACAGAGACAGCGUUCAGGGCUCUCAGGACGGCUUCUCUCUCGGCGGAGCCUACGUGCCGGACUGUGACGAGUCGGGUCAGUACCGCCCGCUGCAGUGCCACGGUUCUACGGGUCACUGCUGGUGUGUCGACGCCCAGGGCCAGGAGAGGGUGGGCACCAGAUCGCCCCCUAGCGCCCCACGACCCAACUGUGACGAACCAGAGCGCCCAGAGCGGCCCAAGACCCAGUGUGAGCACCACAGAGACAGCCUGCAGGGCUCCCAUGGUGGCGUCGGAGCCUUCGUCCCGCAGUGUGACGAGGCGGGUCAGUACCGCCCGCUGCAGUGCCACGGCUCUUCGGGUCACUGCUGGUGUGUGGACGCCCAGGGCCAGGAGAGGGCGGGCACCAGGACGCCCGCGGGCACCCCUCCUACCAACUGCGACGGACCAGUGCCACCGACCCAGCGUCCAGAGACGGUGUGUGAGCGCUGGAGGGCCAGCCUGAUCGAGCACUACGGCGGGCAGCCGGACCCUCGUCAGUACCUGCCGCAGUGCGACUCGGCCGGCGAGUUCAACCCCGUCCAGUGCUACGGCGACAGCAGCUACUGCUGGUGCGUGGACAAGGAUGGACGAGAGGUGCCCGGGACCAGGUCCAACGACGCCGUGAAACCAGCCUGUAUCCCUACUGUGGCUCCUCCCACCCAGCGUCCACUGCCCCGCCCUGAUGUGACUCCACCCCCGAUUGGGGGCGUGUCCCUGCUGUACGCUCAGGGGCAGCAGAUUGGUGCCCUGCCCUUGACUGGCACCCGCAUGGACAAGGACAAAUCGUCAGUGCUGCUGCAGCUACACGGUUCUAUUGUGGUCGGGGUCGCCCACGACUGUCAGGAGAGGAAAGUGUACUGGACCGACAUCGCUGGAAGAACCAUCAACCGAGCUGGAAUGGCGGCUGGAUCGGAACCUGAGGUUCUAAUUAACACAGGUCUCACCAGCCCAGAGGGUCUAGCUUUGGAUGUGGUCCGACGAAGAAUGUUCUGGGUGGACAGCACCAUGGACAAGAUUGAGACGAGCAACCUGGACGGCACCGGGCGACGGGUUCUGAUCGACACGGACCUGGUGAACCCGCGAGCCAUCAUAGUAGACUCAUCCUCAGGAACCGUGUACUGGACAGACUGGAACCGCGAGGCCCCGAAGAUCGAGAGCGCCUCAGUGGACGGGCAGAACAGGAAGGUUCUCGUCCAGGAGGGCAUCGGGCUGCCCAACGCUCUGACCUUUAACCCUGUUAGCCGUCUGUGCUGGGGAGAUGCAGGUACGAAGCGGCUGGAGUGUAUAUCACCUGAUGGAACGGGCCGUCAGGUGAUCCACAGCGGCCUCAACUACCCCUUCGGCAUGGUCUUCCACGCCAACCACUUCUACUACACGGACUGGAGAAGAGACGCCAUCAUUGGCAUGAGCAGAGGCACCAGCCAGUUCACAGACGACUACCUGCCCGAGCAGAGGUCACACCUGUACGGAAUCGCUCUUGCGUCGCCGAACUGUCUAUAAGGGAGAGGGGUAAUGACAGAGCCCGAGCUGCAUGGUGCUAUUUUGGGGGCGAAUCUUGAAGCGCUCGCUCUCCCGUCUCCGUGGGAACUCCUCCGAGGCUUCUGGUGUGCGCAACUCGAGGCGGGAAGGCCCGAGGCCGACGUUCGAGCCUCGACGUCCACCGACGCCACAACACCAUCAGGGAGAACGAUUCACAAAACUGGGGGGAGGGAACAAAAAGUGACCUACAUUUUUGUUUAUUUUUCCAAAUAAAGUUUUUUUGUAAAUUUGUUUUAUACCUCACCUCAUUCUACUGUAUGUUUGUAUUUUUGUCGUUGUUGUUGUUUAAAAAUGAAGCCAAAGAAACUUGGAAAUCACUCUUUGUGCGACAGGGCCUGGUAUUUUGAGUGUGCGCGAGCCAACCUGCAGUUUUUGAGUAUUGAGUGCACUAGGAGGAAUUAGUAUUUCACAUGCUUAAUUGAACUUAAUCAAAAGUGUUUUUUACCCCCCGUUCUUCAUGUUUUAAAAUACUUUUUUAUCUUUUGUAAAAUGUGAUAUUUAUAACAAUAAAAUGUGACCAAGGACUUCUUUAAAAAAA